CGAACACACAUUACAGUUCCUAUAUCUGUUUCGAAUUCAAAUCUUCUGUCUUUUUUAUUUAUUUAUUAAUUAAUUUAAUUUUAUUCAAUUCGUUUUCAAAAUCCAGAGAAUAUUUCAGAUUAAUAAUCCUAUCUAUAUAUUUCGCGAUCUCUCUCCUGAAAAAAGAAAAGAAAAAGAGUUGGAAACUUCGACGAAUGUGUGUACUGUAUAUUCAUUUGUCUUCUUGAUUUAGUUGGAAACGGUCUGAAGUGGGAGAAAUUAAUCCGCCAUUUUCUCCUCGGUCUCUCUGCUCAUCUCUUCAGUAUCGGAUCUGGGUCUCCCUUCGCUUUCGUUUCAAGGUAGCCUUAAAAAAAACGUUCAAAUAUAUUUCCUAUUUUAUUCACACACACCCAUUUCAUUUCGUUCAGAGUUUCUAAUCUGACUCUGUUCUGAAAUCAAUCUUUCAAUACUCAUCAUCAUCACACUCAGCAUUUCUAAUCUGGGUUUUCGAAUUCGAUUCGUUUAAGAAUAUUCAUUUUUUAUUUUAAAGUUUUUAAUAUGUUUUUCCCCCCUAAGUCACGGCAUUGGAAAAAAGGAAAAACACAGCUGUGUUCCUUGCUUCAUGCCCGAGAUUAAGCAAUAAUUAUUUAUUUCUUUUUAAAGAAAUUUUUAUAUUUCGAAUCAAUGCACUUACUAUAAUAAAAUUACCUACUACUUUUUUUUAACAGUAUCUGAACUUAAAACAUCCAACCAAACUUCAAAACUCUCCUCUUUUAAAUCCCAUUCUCUACCUUUUUCUUAUUCCCAACCACGUGGUUUUUGAUUCGGUAAUUACUAAUUAUCCAUAUUUCUACUACACUCUAUAUGAUUAACCCAUUAAAGUUAUAUUUUCUUUAAUCUUUUUUAUCGAUUGUUGAUUUUUUUUUUUUUGCAGAUUAUUAUUAUUAUUAUUAUUAUUGUGAGAUUACAUUAUCUCUGGAGAGAGGAGGCGUUAGCUGUAAUACAUUGUUUACUUGCUUUGCCUAUUAAAAGCCGUCACAUAAAGUAAAAGCAAACUCACAUAAUAUAGACACCACAUUUUUGCGUAUAUUGUGUGUGUGUUCUUUCGUCUCUGUUGGGAACAGAUCUUGACCUUGAUUACAGACAGAUUCAAGUCAUCCUAGAUCGUCUCUUAGGGUGAUGAGGAGUCGUUGAGGUUUUGUUUCUUCAGCUUCCAGUCUGAUCUAAAGUGAGAUACUUUGGUUUGUUUUGGAGUCUUGUCUUAAUCUGGUUGAGAUAAUGGGAAUGAGUCUUGAAUUCGAUGUUGAUCUCGAGAAAGGGAUGGUUGAUUGCGACAAUGUUUAUACAAAAUCACCGGAGAAGCCCAUGUCUCCGGAUAACAAACCGGUUAAAACCGGAGAAGAAUCUGUCGUCGGUUCGUUAGAGAAUGAUGCAAGUCCGGUUCAAUGUGGGAUCAGUAAACCGGGAUGGGGGAGGAGUGAUCGCAAGGAGAAACGCAAGAAAUCCGCGUCCAAGCCCCCGCGGCCGCCGCGUGGACCGUCUCUUGACGCAGCGGAUCAGAAACUUAUCAGAGAGAUCGCUGAAUUGGCGAUGCUGAAACGCGCUAGGAUCGAACGCAUGAGAGCGUUGAAGAAAUCGAGAGCGGCCAAAGCUGCGUCUGCGGCUUCUUCUCUCGGCAAUGUAUUGGCCACUCUUUUCACCGCUAUUUUCUGCUUCGUACUCGUUUUCCAAGGAUUGUCACCGAGAGCAGCCGGGAAACCUCACUUAGUAGACGCCGGAAAAGCCAACGGUGGGUUUGUUUCGGUUCAAUAUGCGGGUAAUCCGUCGGCGAGUGAACCGGAUGGAGGUUAUACCGGACCGGCUUUAGCACACAGAUAUCCUCGUAGUUUACUAAAACCGGUUUCCGGUUUGGAGAAUGAAAAGAAGAGUUCGCAGUGAACCGCAACAAAAAGGUUUUAGGAUUGGAAAGUCCCAUAUACUGGUUUGAUCAAACCAUUUAUCGGUUUAGAUUGUCGGUGAACCAUGUACUCAUAUAUCAUACCGAUAAUUUUUUGGGGGAAAAAAUAGAAUCGGCUGCUUUCUCAGCGGCUGUGAUGAUUAAUUAUUCGAUGUGGGUAAAGAUUAGUUUUGUGUCGUUUUCUUGAAUAAACUGAGAGAGAACUAUAAGGUUACUAAUAAUAAUAAAAUCAGUGUUAUGUUAUUCAGUUA